AACAGCUGCAGGACGAUGGUGUCACACGGGCCUUGGGGACAUGGAUGGGAACAGCAGCAGGACAAUGGUGUCACACGGGCCUUGGGGACACCGGCUGCCCUGGGGGUUGGAAGCUCUGGCCAUGGAUCAGAAGAGCUAUCGUCGGGGGAGCUUCCAGAGCGCCACCAGCGAUGAGGAUAUGCUGGAAAUAGCUGGAGCAUCCAUGGAUUUCUCCAUGGCAGACGAUGACCCGCCCCUCGACAGGGAGAUGGGAGCAGGCUUUUCCUCCUGUAAUGGAGCAGGGAUGAACAGCACGAGCACCAUGAUGGAUUUCCUGGAGGAGCCUCUCCCUGGCGUGGGCACCUACGAAGAUUUCAACACCAUAGACUGGGUUCGAGAGAAGUCCAGGGAUCGAGACAGGCACAGGGAGAUCACCAACAGAAGCAAAGAGUCCACCUGGGCACUGCUGCACAGCGUCAGCGACGCCUUCUCUGGCUGGCUCUUGAUGCUCCUCAUUGGUUUGUUGGCAGGUUCCUUGGCAGGUCUGAUCGACAUCUCUGCCCACUGGAUGACGGAUCUGAAGGAAGGAGUGUGCUUGGCAGGGUUCUGGUUCAACCACGAGCACUGCUGCUGGAAAUCCAACACCACCUUCACCGACAGGGACAAGUGUCCCGAGUGGAAGAGCUGGUCCCAGCUGAUCCUGGGCCAUGGAGAGGGGGCCUUUGCAUAUAUCCUCAACUACUUCAUGUACGUUAUCUGGGCCUUGAUGUUCUCCCUCCUUGCUGUGCUCCUGGUGAAGGGCUUUGCUCCCUAUGCCUGUGGCUCAGGGAUCCCAGAGAUCAAAACUAUCUUAAGUGGUUUCAUCAUUAGAGGCUACCUGGGCAAGUGGACGCUGCUCAUCAAAACCAUCACGCUGGUGCUGGCCGUGUCCUCGGGGCUGAGCCUGGGCAAGGAGGGGCCCCUGGUGCACGUGGCCUGCUGCUGUGGGAACAUCCUGUGCCACCUCUUCACCAAGUACCGCAAGAAUGAGGCCAAGCGCAGGGAGGUGCUGUCAGCAGCCGCUGCCGCCGGCGUCUCUGUGGCUUUUGGAGCUCCCAUUGGAGGAGUGCUCUUCAGCCUGGAGGAGGUCAGUUACUACUUCCCUCUGAAGACGCUCUGGCGCUCCUUCUUCGCCGCGCUGGUCGCCGCCUUCACCCUGCGCUCCAUCAACCCCUUCGGCAACAGCCGCCUGGUGCUGUUCUACGUGGAGUUCCACAUGCCGUGGCACCUGCUGGAGCUGGUGCCCUUCAUCCUGCUGGGGAUAUUCGGGGGGCUCUGGGGAGCCUUCUUCAUCCGCAGCAACAUCGCCUGGUGCAGGCGGCGCAAGACGACGCGGCUGGGCAGGUACCCGGUGCUGGAGGUGCUGGUGGUGACGGCCAUCACGGCCGUGCUGGCCUUCCCCAACGAGUACACCAGGAUGAGCACCAGCGAGCUCAUCUCGGAGCUCUUCAACGACUGCGGCAUCUUGGACUCGUCCAAGCUCUGCGAGUACGUCAAUGACUUCAACAGCACCAAGGGCGACGAUCUGCCCGACCGCGCCGCCGGCCCCGGCGUCUACACCGCCAUGUGGCAGCUGGCCCUGGCCCUCAUCAUGAAGGUCUUCAUCACCAUCUUCACCUUUGGCAUGAAGGUGCCCUCGGGGCUCUUCAUCCCCAGCAUGGCCGUGGGGGCCAUCGUGGGCCGGCUGCUGGGGGUGGCCGUGGAGCAGUUGGCCUUUUACCACCAUGACUGGGCCAUCUUCAGCGGCUGGUGCAGCCAGGGGGCCGACUGCAUCACCCCUGGCCUCUACGCCAUGGUGGGCGCCGCCGCCUGUCUGGGGGGGGUGACCCGCAUGACGGUGUCGCUGGUGGUCAUCAUGUUCGAGCUGACCGGCGGGCUGGAGUACAUCGUGCCGCUGAUGGCCGCGGCCAUGACCAGCAAGUGGGUGGCCGACGCCAUCGGCCGCGAGGGCAUCUACGACGCGCACAUCCGGCUGAACGGGUACCCCUUCCUGGAGGCCAAGGAGGAGUUCUCGCACAAGACGCGCGCCAUGGACGUGAUGCGGCCGCGCAAGAACGACACGGCCCUGACGGUCAUCACGCAGGACACCAUGACCGUGGAGGACGUGGAGAACAUCGUCAGCAGCACCACCUACAGCGGGUACCCCGUGGUGGUGUCCCGCGUGUCGCAGCGCCUCGUGGGCUUCGUCCUCAGGAGAGACCUCAUCAUUUCCAUCGACAACGCCCGGAAGAAGCAGGACGGGAUCGUGAGCACCUCAAUUAUUUGUUUCACCGACUACUGUCCCCCCCUGCCCCCGAGCUCCCCGUCUGUGCUGAAGCUCAGGAGCAUCCUGGACCUCAGUCCCUUCACGGUGACGGACGAGACGCCCAUGGAGAUCGUGGUGGACAUUUUCCGCAAGCUGGGGCUGCGCCAGUGCCUGGUGACUCACAACGGGAAGCUGCUGGGGAUCAUUACCAAAAAGGAUGUGCUAAAGCACAUUGCACAGAUGGCCAACCAGGACCCCGAGUCCAUCCUCUUCAACUAGAGGCAGACUGUAGGGACUGUGUGUCCCACACACCUGGAACUUUCUCACCCACCCUGGGUGGACUUUCCUAUUUUUAUUGAGACCAUGGAACUGUUUCCAGCCUUUUCCUCCAUGGAGCUGAAGAAGAUAUUUUCUGUUUUUCUACCAGAUAACCAAUUGCACUACGGGAUCUGUGGAACAUAAUCUUCUUUUUAGAAGAAAAAAAAAAAAAAGAGAGACUUUAUUUACGUUGCUUUUGUGAAGUUACGUUGGAAAGAUUCCAUGAAGGAGUAAAAACAAAAUGUUAGAGAA